AAUCGCUACCGUUUCUUGCUCCAAAUAUAUAAAAGUCGAAAAAACUAAAAACAACCCAACAUCCGCCAUUCUUUAAAUCCUACUAGAAGAGCCGAUCGGCAGAAAACGAGACACAAAAAUGGUGAAAAACAUGGAUGAACUCACAGAAGAUGAAAGAAAAGCUCUCAGAGGCAGCAAAUUCGCCCCUCUUCCUCCUCAAACUUCCUCUUCUUCGUUGCGUUCUUUACCCAGCAGACUAGCGCAUCCUGGUGGACCUGUAAAGACGAAUAAGGCAGUGGCUUUAGCGAAGUUCCUUGAGAGGAAACUUCAGGAACCCGGGGGAUUGGACACCCUAAAUCCUAAACUCAUAGAGUUGGCUGUCAAGAACGCGAAAGAGACUGUAAAUGCUAGUGGAACUUCAAAACAUGGGAAGACUAUUCAACACGUCACUUCCUUUGAUGAUUAUGAGGAUAAUUCCUUGAGAGAUGAGUCAACGUCUGAGCCACAGAAGAAACAGAAGAAGGAAAAGCAGGAUAAGAAGCAGAAGAAGAAAAACAAGAAAAGGAAAAAAGGAUUUUCUCCUAGCUAGGCUUCCAAUCUUGAACACCUCUUUGUUUAAAACAUUUAGAUGUGGGAACAAGAAGUUAUAUUAACCCUUUUUCUCCGCUUUCUUCCCGUUCUGCUUUUAGUGCACUGGCAGGUUGAGUGAGGAUCAAUGAUUUUGAAGAAGUGCUUUAAAGAAGUUGGACAAGUUUAGGUUGUUGGGAUACUUAUUUACUCAUUUUUGUACAAUGUGAUUAGCAGAACCUUGUGGUGGCAGAUUUAAGUAGGUUAGUACAAUUAUCUGGUUGAAGAGUUACUUUACCCAUAUCUCCUUGUUUGUACGGAAUGGAGAAUUCAUUUUUAUUUAUUUCUUCUAUCAAUGUCCUUUGUACAAUCUAAAUAAGAUACCAAUCUUUAUCUUUUAUUA